GAGCGGAUGCGGGAGCUGGAGCUGUCGCUGCCGUUCCUGGUGCUGUUCCUGCUGCUGGUCUGCGUCUGCGUCGUGCUGCUGUGUCACGGUCUGGACCCGCUGCGCAUGCUGCGCUCGUCCUUCAAGGCGCCGCAGCGGCCGCGCAUCUCCCUCUCGGGCUCGGACGGCGAGCGCGAGGCGCUGCUGGCCGUAGACCGCAAGGCCCGGGUGCGCUACACGGGCAAGGUGCCGCUGUACACGGACACGAUCGCGGAGCUGGCGGCGUGCGAGACCCCGCGCGAGACCGAGGCGUUCAUCAAGCUCAUCAACGUGCACCGCCUGCUCAACUCGAAGGUCAAGGCGCAGCACUUCGCGCACUUUUGCAGCACGCGGCUGGAGCUGCCGGUGCUCAGCGUCUCGACGCUGGCCACGAUCAUCCUGUCCCUGCAGAAGUACGCGGCGGAGCCCGAUGUCGUCACGUGCAUCCGCGACUGCUUCUGCGUCAAGCGGAACAUGGCGUGUCUGCAGCUCAAAAACAAGGUGGACGCCAAGUUCCCCAUGUUCGACUUGAUCUACCAUCGGAUCCGCUCGGACUUGGAGCGGGAGGCCAUUCUGAAACACUUCGAGGCGGAAGCUGCAGCACUGCGAGCGUCGUCCAAGUUCUUUGCGCCGAUCAAGCUCUUAUGCGGAUAUGAGCAUGAGGACAGCGAUGAAGACGAGGAUCUGGAAUCUGCGAAAACUAGCGGGUCGAAGAAAUCCAAGGAAGUGCAGCGUGUGGCCUUCCUCACUGCGAGACCCGAGUUUUUGCGCAAGCGCUUCAACUUCGUGCGGUUUAAGCGCGUAUUCGCUGAACACCGAUUCGUCUUUGUGGGGGACAAUGGCCAAGGAGACAUCGACCUGGGCAAGGAGCUGUUGAAGAAUCCGCACCUGUACUCUGUGUCGGCGGUUCUCAUCCACGACAUUAUUCGCAACCACGCCACUGGGAAGCUGAACCAGCAUUCAUAUCGUGGGAAAGAGUGCAACCAGAGCGGCAUCCACUCUUUCCGCACGUACAUCGCAGAAGCAGAACCUUGCGCAAGAGAUUCUCGCGGAUGUGGCCGCUGUGGUAAAUGA